AUGGGGUUCCGCCCGAGCCGCCCCAGGGAGCGACGCGGGGGAAGGGUUUACUUUUCUAUCUGUCUCUUCAAGAAAAAAAACACGAAGAUCGAGCUUUCAGUCAUCGACAGAAGCAUCGAAGGAAUUGAGCUUGGGUCAGUUGUGUCCAUCUCUAAAGCUAUUGAGGUGCUCUCAGAUGGAAAUCUAGUUUUCAGAAAGAUUGCUGAUCACCUGAACAAAGUGGCUUCACCAUUUGUUCGGAACACUGCAACCAUAGGUGGAAACAUAAUGAUGGCACAAAGGUUGCCAUUCGAAUCGGACAUUGCAACCGUGCUCCUAGCUGCAGGUUCGACAGACACAAUCCAGGUGGCUUCCAAAAGGCUGUCCUUCACUUUGGAGGAGUUCUUGGAGCAACCUCCAUGUGAUUCUAGGACCCUGCUGUUGAGUAUAUUCAUUCCACAUUGGGGUUCAGAUGAUGUCACCUUUGAGACUUUCCGAGCAGCCCCUCGUCCAUUUGGAAAUGCUGUCUCAUAUGAUAUAUGCCUGGCAUUUGGUGCCUACGGAGUCGAUCAUGCCAUCAGAGCUAAGAAGGUUGAGGCUUUCUUGAAGGGAAAAUCACUGAGCUCAUUUGUCAUACUUGAGGCAAUUCAACUACUCAAAGAUACCGUUUCACCAUCAGAAGACACUACACAUCGUGAAUAUAGGAUCAGCUUGGCUGUCAGUUUCUUGUUCAAUUUCCUAUCUUCCCUUGCCAACAGUUCGAAUGCACCAUCAAAUAUUGAUACUCCCACCGGGUCAUAUACUAAUGGAACUACAAAUGGUAGCACUGUGGACUCACCUGAGAAGCAUCUUAAGGUUGACAGCAAUGAUUUACCAAUACGUUCAAGACAAGAAAUGGUUUUCAGCGAUGAGUACAAGCCUGUUGGCAAGCCGAUCAAGAAAGUCGGGGCAGAGAUCCAAGCUUCAGGGGAGGCUGUGUAUGUUGACGAUAUCCCUGCUCCCAAGGAUUGCCUCUAUGGAGCAUUUAUCUACAGCACACAUCCUCAUGCUCAUGUGAAAAGUAGCAACUUCAAAUCAUCCUUGGCUUCACAGAAGGUCGUCACAGUUAUAACAGCAAAGGAUAUUCCAAGCGGUGGAGAAAAUAUUGGAAGCAGCUUCCUGACGAUUCUAGGAGAUGAACCACUAUUUGCGGAUCCAAUCGCUGAAUUUGCUGGUCAAAAUAUUGGUGUUGUGAUUGCUGAAACACAAAAGUAUGCUUAUAUGGCUGCAAAGCAAGCUGUUGUUGAGUAUAGCACAGAAAAUCUGCAGCCACCAAUUCUGACAAUAGAAGAUGCCAUCCAAAGAAACAGCUACAUCCAAUUUCCCCCAUUUUUAGCUCCAAAGCCAGUUGGUGACUACAACAAAGGGAUGUCUGAAGCUGACCACAAGAUUCUAUCAGCAGAGGUAAAACUUGAAUCCCAGUACUACUUCUACAUGGAAACUCAAGCAGCACUAGCAAUUCCUGAUGAAGAUAACUGCAUUACAAUCUAUUCCUCGACACAAAUGCCCGAGCUCACACAAAGUUUGAUAGCAAGGUGCCUUGGCAUUCCAUUUCACAAUGUCCGAGUCAUCAGCAGAAGAGUAGGAGGCGGCUUUGGUGGAAAGGCAAUGAAAGCAACGCAUACAGCAUGUGCACGUGCCCUUGCUGCCUUCAAGCUGCGGCGUCCAGUUAGGAUGUACCUCGAUCGCAAGACCGACAUGAUAAUGGCUGGAGGGAGACAUCCAGUGGAGGCGAAGUACUCUGUUGGGUUCAAGUCAGAUGGCAAGAUCACAGCCUUGCACCUUGAUCUUGGAAUCAAUGCUGGAAUAUCAGCAGAUUUUAGUCCAAUAAUGCCACGUGCUAUCAUAGGAGCUCUCAAAAAGUACAACUGGGGCACUCUUGAAUUUGACACCAAGGUCUACAAGACAAAUGUCUCAUCAAAGUCAGCAAUGCGAGCUCCUGGAGAUGUGCAGGGCUCUUUCAUCGCUGAAGCCAUCAUGGAGCAUGUUGCCUCGGUGCUCGCACUAGACACUAACACUGUCAGGAGGAAGAACCUUCAUGAUUUUGAAAGCCUUCAAGUUUUCUCUGGAGAAAGUGCCGAAUACCAGCACAGGGCUGCAAUGAUUCAGCACUUUAAUAGCAGCAAUAAAUGGAAGAAACGCGGCAUUUCUUGUGUGCCAGCCACUUAUGAGGUUAAUCUUCGACCAACUCCAGGCAAGGUAUCGAUCAUGAAUGAUGGUUCCAUCGCCGUUGAGGUUGGAGGAAUUGAGAUAGGCCAAGGAUUGUGGACUAAGGUCAAGCAGAUGACAGCGUUCGGAUUGGGACAGCUGUGCCCUGAUGGUGGCGAAUGCCUUCUGGACAAGGUUCGGGUUAUCCAGGCAGACACAUUAAGCCUGAUCCAAGGAGGUUGGACAGCUGGGAGCACCACUUCUGAAACUAGCUGUGAAGCGGUUCGACAAUCAUGUGCUGUACUCGUUGAGAGGCUGAAGCCUAUCAAGGAGAGUCUCGAAGCUAAGUCCAACACCGUGGAAUGGAGUGCCUUGAUUGCUCAGGCAAGCAUGGCGAGUGUGAACUUAUCAGCACAGGCAUACUGGACUCCUAAUCCAUCUUUCACAAACUACAUGAACUAUGGAGCUGGCACCAGCGAGGUGGAAGUUGAUGUCCUGACAGGAGCGACCACAAUUCUGCGAAGUGACCUUGUGUACGACCGCGGGCAAAGCCUAAACCCUGCUGUGGACUUGGGCCAGGACUACAAGACGAACUCCGACGGCUUGGUCAUCCACGACGGCACAUGGACGUACAAGAUCCCCACGGUGGAUAAUAUCCCCAAAGAGUUCAAUGUUCAGAUGUUUAAUAGCGCCCGUGACAAGAAGCGUAUCCUGUCUUCAAAAGGCAAGCAUCUCCUCACAAUGUUUCAUUUCACCCCCCGCUCAACAUUCAUGCAAUCAUCCAGACAUUCUCAGUUUAUGAUAACCGCUUAUGAAAAGAAAAAAAAAACUUGGCAUACCGCGGACUUGUUUGCAGCUUCGGGCGAGCCGCCGCUUCUUCUCGCGGCCUCGGUGCACUGCUCGAUGAGGGAGGCCAUCAGGGCGGCGAGGAAGGAGUUCUCGGUCAGCACCGGCCCCGCGAACUCCGCCGUCACGUUCCAGAUGGACGUGCCGGCGACGAUGCCCGUCGUCAAGGAGCUCUGCGGCCUGGACGUCGUGGAGAGGUACCUCGAGAGCGUGUCUGCCGCCGGUGCCGGCCCAAACGCGACGAAAGCAUAG